UGGUUACUCACAAAAUGAAAUGUGUCCCUCUUGCAAUGCAUUGCAAUUGCAGCUAUAUUAUGUCGGUUGUUUCUCGUUCAAGAAGAAUAUAAUUACAAAAUAAAGUUUCAAAACUUUUGUCCAAUAUUGUUGUUAUUGUUUGAAGGGCCAAACAUAGGAAAAAUAAUUAUGUGCGUUCGAAGAGAUUACUGUGCUUUUAGUGAUUCAUGAAAAGAUUAGUAUUAUGAUAACUCAAUAUUAUUUUACUUUAUGUUUGUGAUUGUGCAUUGCUCCGAUAAUGAUCCGUUAGGACUGAUGUGGUAUGGCACUUGUAACAAUUCGACGUACUCCAAGUGUGCAAACACCAAGGAAAACGGAUGACGAAGACAAGUCAAGUGAUACAAAUGAUGAUGAUCUCGGAAAUCGUAACAAGAGUCUCAAUGAGUGCUACUUCGCGAACAAGGGAGCGGCGCUGGUGCUGGGCGGCGCGGAGAGUGGGUGCGCGGAGCGGCGCCGCUCGCCCGCGCGCCCGCCGCAGCCCGACAUACACCACCACCUGCGCGCCAUGUUCUACCUCGUGCGCCCCGAGGACACGCUCAAAAUGGCGGUGAAGCUGGAGAGCGCGCACGCGGGCCGCACGCGCUACCUGGUGGUGGUUUGCCGGCACGACGAGGCGGCGCUCCUUGGCAUCGACUGCAACGACCGCACCACCGUCGGCCUCGUGCUGCGCGUGCUCGCCGACACCUCCAUCAAGCUGGACGGAGACGGAGGGUUUAGCGUGUGUGUGUGCAGCCAACAACACAUAUUCAAGCCCGUGUCUGUGCAAGCGAUGUGGUCGGCGCUGCAGACUUUGCACCGCGCGAGCGGUCGCGCUCGCGAGCUGAACCACUUCGCGGGCGGCGUGUCGCACGCCUGGUGCGCGUACUACGAGACGCGCGUCGACUCCGACCGCUCCUGCCUCAACGAGUGGCACGCCAUGGACUGCCUCGAGUCGCGCCGCCCGCCCUCGCCAGACUCACUCAGGCACAAGCCGAGAGAAAGAGACGAAACUGAGCGCGUGAUUCGGUUCACGUUGAAAGAGAUAAUGAUGAGCGUGGAUCUGGACGAGGUAACCAGCAAGGCCAUCCGCGGCCGGCUGGAGGACGAGCUGGACAUGGACCUGGCCGAGUACAAGUCCUUCAUCGACCAGGAGAUGCUCACCAUCCUCGGGCAGAUGGACGCGCCCACCGAGAUCUUCGACCACGUCUACCUCGGCUCCGAGUGGAACGCCAGCAACCUCGAGGAGCUGCAAAGAAACGGGGUUAGGCAUAUAUUGAAUGUGACAAGAGAGAUAGACAAUUUUUUUCCCGGUAUGUUCGAUUACCUUAACAUUAGAGUGUACGACGACGAUAAGACUGACCUAUUGAAACACUGGGACAACACAUUCAAAUAUAUCAACAAGGCGAGGAACGAGGGCUCCAAAGUCCUGGUGCAUUGCAAGAUGGGCAUCAGCAGGUCCGCAUCCGUCGUCAUCGCAUACGCAAUGAAAGCCUUCAAUUGGAACUUCGACAAGGCCUUGAAACACGUCAAAGCGAAAAGGAAUUGUAUCAAACCGAACACUAAUUUUCUCAAUCAGCUCGAAACUUACCAAGGUAUACUCGACGCGAUGAAGAACAAAGAGAAACUGCAGAGGUCCAAGUCGGAAACUAAUUUGAAAUCCCCUAAAACCGCUUCGAAAAUAGAAAAUAAGAUAACGGAUCCCACGCCUUUAAUAUUAGCUUUAACGGGAUCGUACUCGGGGCGGCCGCGCUCCUGGUCGCCCGACACCAAGCUGGCCUCCGAGCUCUGUGAUGUCGAAAGCUCAAAACAAAAAACAAUUGCAACACGGGAAGACCCACCCGCUGACGAGGCUCAACUUGAACCGGUCGAGUAA